AUGCAAUUUGCCGUCUCCUCGAAUCCCUUAGAGCGCGGUAACUUGAAUGUAACAAGAGAUGUUCAAUCUCAAAGGCAGAAAGAUGCCAACGCAGAAUUGGCACAAUGCACCCGCUCUGACAUCCAGUCGCGACUUUCCAAACUCUCAAAGACCACCGGCACCGGUGGCAUAGCAAAGCCGAAAGCAAGACGGAGUGGCCCACUUACGAUUGACAGCCGCCAGCAAAUGAAAAGGUUAAGAGCAAUUGGUGGCUCUUGCUGGAGAUGCAAAGUCUUGAGAAAGCAGGCAGACCAGUUAACCAUCUCACCUGGAAUAUGUAUUCCUGUGACAGAAUUUCUGGCGCAAUUUCAAAGUCCUACUAAAGGUAUGGCCAAAUUUUUUGAAGAAUCGACCUUGGAGAUCUUCGAGGAAAUGGCCACCCUCCAGAUCAGCUUGGAAGAUCGACACAGAGAUACUGAUGUAGAGAUGAGUGGAAAUGACCUGAUCGUUGCAGCAUUACGAGCCUUCGUACUAACAUAUGAGUUGUCAAUAAUGGACAUAAAAAUGCCAUAUCGCUGUGAAGGUGAGGAGGUAGAAUUGGAAACAUCUAGAUACGACCUGCAAAUGACUGUCAAGAAGCGAAUGAUCACGCCAGCAGCAGUGGAUGAAGAAUCAGAGACUCGACCUGGUAACAAGCUUGAGAGGACAUUGCAAUCACUUCUACGAUUAACGCAGCAGACCUUGUUCCGUCGAAGACCUCGUGACCAGCCAAUGUUAUUGUGUACACUCUGCGUGCUCACAAUGAUCGUCAGGAAUUUUACAGUAGUCACAUUCACCUCUCAUGCAAUCGAUCAGACUGCCAACGUGCUGGAAGGAGCUGUUUCAUCUCUGUGCCGACUGUACGAGAUAUGCGCGAAGGGUGUGCAUCCACUUUCCAACGAUUGGAAGAUAGAUCAUUUCGCUGCGAGCGUCGGUAACGAUGCUGCAUUGGUUCGCUGCUUCAAAAAGCUCAAUGAAAUAUGGAUCACAUGUGGGUAG